AUGGAGUCCACUCCCCUCAUUUUACCACCUGAUUGGCACGAGCGAGUCGAGGAGAUUCUUCGGGAGGUAAUUGACUUUACAGGGGAUGGAGUUUCGCGGAGAUUCCUAGUACGUUGGCAGGGUUGCUCGUCGAAGGACGAUGCUUGGAUUUCAAAGGCGGACCUGGAGCAACUACGACCAGACUUGCUGGAGCCCCUACCUUCCCCACUUGUCAACUCAUCAGAGUCGAGUUCUUUCGACACUGGGAGGAUUGAUGGCGAGCAGGACCCGUCUCCAUCAGCUCAAGAGACACUGGCAGUCCGAGUUCUGCUCGAUUGAAGUGCGAAGACGAAGGAGCCUAGCUUUCGCUACACGGCUUAG